UACCAUCUGCCCUGAGGGCAAGGAGAUGCUAAGGUUGUUUAAGCAUGCCUCGCGGGUCAAUGACUGGCCGGAGACCAACGUCAUGCCACCCUGGGAGGAUCCACCAGUCACGGUGGCGCUGCUGAAACUGAUAACGACGGAGGCAGCAGCAGGGGAACCCCCGGGCGUAAUUGGCCAUCACUUGCCGCGGGGCUUACUCAAGUGGGACACCCAGCACACUGCAAAGUCGCCCAUCUAUCGGCGGUUGCACAACUUUUCCGUGCAAUUUAAGAUUAAACCGGCGCACCUGCAGUCCGCUUAUCAGAUCUUUGUGCUGGAACAGGUACGAUAUAGGCACGUAGUAAUGCCUGUACAGUUAAUUGCCUAUCUGACUAACUUUAAAGUUCCACAUAAGAUCAGCUUCAUAUGCACAACAUUUGAGCUGUCAUCAAGCGAACCCGAGCUUGCCUGGUCAGACCUCGAAGUGAAGAUCUCCCAGGACACGACCACCGCAGCCAUCGCCACCAACACCGUCAACGCAGAGGUGCCUCGUGGGGCCACCUUCACCAUCAUCACUCACGAGCGCGGCGAGUUGCCGUUUUCUGCCUACGAUCGCAGCAUCCACACCAUGGUCACCCCGGGCACCCAGACUUCAAUCUACUUCUCCAUGUCCGUCACUCGACGC